AUGCCAGCGGAGAAGACCUUCAAGCAGCGCCGAACCUUCCAACAAAGAGUAGAUGUCCGACUUAUUCAAGAGCAGCAUCCAGCCAAAAGCCCAGUGAUAACAGAACGAUACAAGGGUGAGAAGCAGCUUCCUAUCCUGGAUAAAACGAAGUUCCUUGUACCUGACGUUCGAGAUGUCAACAUGAGUGAGCUCAUCAAGAUAAUUAGAAGGCGUUUACAGCUCAAUGCUAAUCGAGCCUUCCUCCUGGUGGUGAACGGCAGCAUGGUGAGCGUCUCCACACCAGUCUCAGAGGUGCAUGAGAGUGAGAAGGAUGAAGAUGGACUCCUGUACAUGGUCUAUGCCUCCCAGGAGACGUCUGGGAUGAAACUGUCAGUGUAA